UUUUCCAAAACCUCUCUCUCACCACAACAAAGACAUUUUGCUUUUUUGCAACCUUUUUUUAACUCCAAAAUCAUUCUCUUGUAACUUCUCUUCAAACCUAAAAAACGUUCUUCCCUAAAGCAAAAACACACAUACACACACAUGGAUUCUCAGGACCACAACAAUGCACAACACUCACCAGGAGGAGGUAAGAGCCACGUCUGCAGUAAAUGUGGUUGGAAUUACCCAAAUCCACAUCCUAGUGCUAAAAACAGGCGUGCUCACAAGAAAAUAUGUGGAACCAUCAAAGGAUUCGAGAUCCUUGGUUCGGAUCAGAAUCUUGAUUUGCAUAAAGAAGAUUGUUUGGAUGAUGAACAAAAAACCCCAAGUCCAAGAGUUGUGGAUGAGAGAAUUGGGGAUGUAAGUGAAGAAGAUGUGUUUGCAGAUGCUGUUUGUGAAUUUUCUAGCAGCCUUGUGUCUGAUUCUAUCAAGGGAAAGGAGGAGACAGAAGCAAACGGUAUGGCAAAGAAUGCUACGGAUCUUGGUGAAACUCAGCAUUGCAACAAAAGCCCUGAAGUGGUUCAAGAGAGUUUGGAUGUUCUUCUACCUGUCCAAGUCCUUGAGAAUUUCCCAAGUCCAGUUGAAGCAGCAGCUACAUGUGGAGAAAGCUCAUCCGACUCCCUGAUUGAGCAAUCACGUGAAGCUCAGGCCAUUCAUGACGGUCGUAGUACCAUAUCAAAUGUUGGACUGGAGACAGAACGCAAAGGAAAUGCAGCGGAUGAAUCUGAAUCUAUGUUGGCAUCUGGAAUAGGAAAGAGAGUGGAUACUUCAUCAUGGAACGAUGAAGUGAUUUACUCGGACUUGGAGGGUCCCCAUGGAUUUGCAUUUGCUGUUGAAGAAAUGAAUGCGAAUCCUCCUGGUGAAGCUGACUAUACAACAGUGAGUGAUAAGACUCCUCCUGUCGAAACCAUUGCAGACCAAGUUAUCAACACCAGUCUAUCUGCUCUUGAUGCCACCAUACCUUUGGCAGAAAAUGCUCAUGUCUCUUUACAUGGAACCAAAGGCCUUGAAGAAGACAAGCUUCCCUUGGAAGACUUAGGUAUUGGCAGGGAAGUUCCUUCACCAGACAAAACUGAACCUCAAGGCCAAUCCCCCAGCGCAGAGAACAUAGUGAUGCCUAAGAUUGACCCUGAAGAGGGUGAAUCAUCUUUUGGUGCUUCCCAAGAAACUGUUGAAUCAGAAACCGUGAGAACUUCCCUACCUGCGGUCUAUCCUAUUGUUGCUGUCUCGAAUGCUGAUGUGAGCCAUUCAGACCUCAUUGCUCCAGAGAGUGAACUUAUUCAAGCAAAUGUUGUAGCUGAGGAGAACAGCAGAAUCAGCGAGCACAGUUCUGAAUCCUCUUGUGCUGUUGAACUCUAUGUUUCCCCAGUGUCUGCUGUAUCGGAUGGAGAUGAACCAAGCGUUCAGAAUAACAAUUUACCAGAAACAUCUAAAGACUCCAUCCUCCAAACCGGUGCUGAAGCCUGUGAAAGUACUGAGGUAGAUCCUACUGUUGCUGUCUCGAGUGCUGAUGUGAGCCACUCAGAUCUCAUUGCUCCUGAGAAUGAACUUGUUCAAGCAAAUGUUGUACCUGUGGAGAACAGCGAGCACAGUUCUCAAUCCUCUUGUGCUUUGGAGCACUAUGUUACUCCAGUGUCUAUUGUAUUGGAGGGAGAUGAACCAAGCGUUCAGAAUAACAGUUCAACAGAAACAUCUAAAGAUUCCAUCCUCCAAACCGGUGCUGAAGCCUGUGAAAGUACUGAGGCAGAUCCUAUUAUGGCUGUCACGAGUGCUGAUGUGAGCCACUCAGACCUCAUUGCUCCUGAGAGUGAACUUAGUCAAGCAAAUGUUGUAGCUGAGGAGAACAGCGAGCACAGUUCUCAAUCCUCUUGUGCUGUGGAGCACUAUGUUACUCCAGUGUCUGUUGCAUUGGAGGGAGAUGAACCAAGCGUUCAGAAUAACAACAGUUCAACAGAAACAUCUAAAGACUCCAUCCUCCAAAUCGGUGCUGAAGCCUGUGAAAGUAGUGAUAAAGAAGAUUGCACUACACCUAAUAAUCAGAAGUUGCUGGAAAGUGGAAGGAGAGAAUGCAACAGAGUUGUUGGUGGCUUAGGGGUUAUUCAAGCAAAUGAGAUUGAUGUUAAUGUCAUCAAAGCACACAGCACUUAUGCUGAGGUCCCUGUGACGAUCGAAUCAAAUGACCAUAGAGAUUUUGGGAGGUUGCAGAAUCUUUCAGAAGAACAGAUUAGAUCUCUGGUUUUGAGUCCGCUAGUCACUAGAGACAACACAUCUAAUGCCAUUACAGGACAUAGUGAAGCUGAAAACGAAUCUCAGUCAUCAUCAGUUUAUGUUGGUGUGUCGAAGAACCAAGAGAUCACAACAAGCUGGAGCACAGGAAAGGAGCAGCACGUCCCGCUGAAGAACCUUCUGAAUGAAGCAAGAUCACCAAGGGGAGUAGCGGAAGAGGGAAUUAACAACAUACCGAGAGUGAGUUCGAUACUGGAGCAAGGGACGUCCCCUGAAGACGAGGGAGGGUGGCCAGAGAGAAGAGAAGUGAGUGAGGAGUGGAACUCACCAGCAAAGUAUCCAGUGGAGAGGAAAGUGAAAGGAAGACCCUUUUGGGUGCCAUUUGUUUGCUGUUCCUCUAAGUAAAAGUCUCUCGGUUGUAUAAUGUUAGUAGGAUGAUGAAUGCUUCCAAGGACUUGGUAAUAGUAGUGAAGACUCUCUCUCUCUCUUAUCUACAAGCUAGUUGUUUGGUUCUUGUAGGAAAGCCUUUGUUGUUAUAUGCAGACCACUUAUGCAUUUGACUUUUUAUCAUGACUGAUUAUUUUUGCGUUUUUAUUUAUAGUUUGUUUCUUUUC